AUGGCGCCGAAAAAGCGCAAGUCGGGCGCUGGUGGCGCUGUUGACACGCUGUCUGGGAAGAAGGCGAAACCCGUUGCAGACCAUGACCCGGCACAGUGGCAGUACAUCCACCAGCAGAGUUUGUGGGCGUUGAAGCUAAAUAUUGCUGCGCGAAGGUUCCGGAAAGAGGUUCUCAAGGUCGGUGGCUUGGACGACUAUUUGUCUUCAAAACAUCCGGACGAGGCAGCGUACGGGAGUGGGGGCACUGGCAAGAAAAGCUACAGCACAGACAUGUCAGGGCCAGGCUACAUUAGACCGUGGCAGUGCUCGUGGCGCUCUGAUUUUGGCGUGAGUGCAAUGGUCGACCCUGACCAGGCCGAAAACCUGAUGCAAAUCUAUUUGCAAGAGGGGUUUCUGACAAACCCCGACCUUGUGGGAACCGAGAAGGUAGCAGCAACCAGGGUUGGUUCAGCUUUCCUUGAGAGACCUUACACAGAGUGCGCUCCACUACCUGGCAAAAGUGUUUUGGCUAUCGAACGGGGCCGCACUGACGAGAAGGAAGCGGCCGCGCAGGCGUUGGCCAGAGAUGUUGCCAAGGCGACCCUUGCAGAGAUCCAGGGAAUGUUUGCAAGGGACAUGGAGAUCCUGAAGCUGAAGCUCCCUGGCAAAGCAGACCAGGCAGCUGAGACUGCGCGUGAUGUGAAGUACCUUCGUGACCGCCAGCAGAGCCUCAGCUCAGCUCGAUGGCUGUUGAUUUGUAGCAAUUGUCGGAUUCGUGCGCCGUUUUGGAGUGAAAGGAAGGGCCGCCAAUUUGCAGAAGAGUUCAUGAAGGCCAAGUGUUGCUUGGUGCCCGUUGACGACGAUAUGCAAACCAUUGGGACCAGUGAGUUCCUGAAGUUCAUGGAGCCUAUGCGCGGAGCUGCAGGGACAGCAGCCUACAACAUCCUUGGCGCGGUGUGCGCAAUGAGCAGUUCACAUUGUGGCUGGGUCUUGAUGCCGGUCUUCCAGACACAAACAGCCGAGACCGCCUUGAUGAAACACCGUCGCUCCAUCGAGGAUGGUUUGAUGAAAUCCUCUAUCAACUUGACCAAUGAGGUGGCAAUUCUGUUUGAGAAACCAGAAGGUGUUCGGGAUGGCCGGCCAAUGUCGCAACCUGCUCGCGUUGCCAUUCACACCAACUACGUGCAGACUUCACCGUUCCUGGAGAGCGACGCUGUCCAGACAGCCCGUUGUGGACCGUGCCAGCUGAUCAAGAUUUCCGACUUCAUCGGCUUCGAUCCAGAUUCAAGGCCAGGGGCCUCAGCAAGAACCUUCCUGGAGGAAUCCUCAACUCCUGUACACUACUUGGGGCUGGUGCGUGAGAAGAAUCACGCUGAGCUACGUUCAGCUUUCGAGAGUGAGAUCUAUAAGUAUUGGGACAACCAUGGAACUUUGUCUCCGCCCAAAACCCGACCUCCGACAACGACGAGAACCGUUGACACUGAAAGCUUGGGCCUUGAGAUGAUUGCCAUGGACAACAGCACUCCGGUGUUUCCCCUUGAAGUCGUUUUGAGCAGGUUCCGCAGUAGUGGGGCUGCAGAGCAGGAGGAAGUGAAGAAGAUGCAGGCAAGGUUCCACGAGGUCUACCCACCUCCCCAGCCUACUGGGCCUGGAACAAACCAGAGGCCAGCUUCCACCACAAUCCGCGCUUCGGGGCAAUGUGACUUCAGCAUCGACGACGGGAGGCAGCCCCUCGACGUGUCGAGGAUGCUGGAUCUGCUUUGCGUGCCUGUUGGUGAAGUUCCAGCGGCGAGGCUUGGCGCUAGUUUGGGCAAAGGUGGCAAACCCACUGUGGUGAUUGACACCUCGCACCACAUUUGGCUGCUCAACUCUUCGGACCAAGCAAUGCAAGUGACUGCUGGUGAGCUGUUUGGCUUCGGCGCGGGUCAGUUUUCGGUCACUGUCGAUUGCGAGGAGGUGCUACCUGGUGGGCUUCCAUGGGUCCUCAAGAGUGAUUUGGACCUGAUUGCGCAUGACAAAUCGCCGACUGCGUUGUGUGUCUUUUUGCGCAAGCUGGCGGUUGAGGGAGGCUUGGCCGACAUCGACGUCGAGUACCAUAUCCUCGUCCCCAAAGUUCUGAGCGCCAAAGAGGAGUGGGAUGUGACCCGGCUUGGCUCCAAGAAGACGUGUGUUUUCAAGCCGAGCCCGCUUGAUGGUGAGCCUGCAAGUCGCGACAAUCUCCGAAGGGCAGUCCUGGGAGCUGUUUUCCACGGUGAUUACCAGAAAGUCCCGCGUGGCAACAAACGGGUUGCAUUGACUUGGGAGGUGGAGUACUCAUCAUCGCCGCCGAAGCUUUUACCAGUCAAGCCCAAGGUCUAUUUGCUUGCAGCUCUGAGCAUUCCGGCUGGCUCAGCUGUGGAUUUGUGGGAGGCCAGGCCUGUUUUUGAUUGCAGGGAAUCGGAAGCACACUUUCCGAUCGCGCCGCUCUAUUUGUCAGGAGCCGGUGAUCGCGCUGAUGAGGAUAAGGAUGCAGCUGCCGCAGCAGCAGCAGCUGGCUCGUCUACCGGGCCGAAGAAGAGGCCGAGCGCAAAGUUGAGCGAGGAUGACAGCUAUUCUCACUUGGAGGACUUGGCAGUGGAGAAGUUGAAGGCCGGCGAGCCCUUGGACGUUGUAAAGGCCAUGACGAAUUCCAUGAAGCAGGCAAUUUUUGAGAAGCGCCGAUCGGAGACAGGGCAGGCAGCAGCCGCCAAUUCUGGCGAGGCUGUUGGUGGUGCGGACGGUGAAGCUGCCGCCAGUGGUGAAGCGGCAGCCGCCGAUGCUGAAGCGGCAGCUGGACCUGGAGCGGAUGAUGAAGACCCCGAUCAUUUUGACGAGGCGAUGGAGGAAGAAGACCGAGAGGAUGAUGCGGCGGUGAGCGCCGAUGGCCGGUUGAUCGAAGAAGCUGCCGAAAACGUAGAUUGA